AUGAACAGGUUUAGGCCUGGAAGGUUGUCGCGGGAAUUGAGAAACGCACUGGAUUUAGGGAGACAUGAUAUUCCGAUACAUAUUUACCGCAUGAGGACCCUUGGCUAUCCUCCUGGUUGGCUUAAAAAAGCUGUGGUUGGAGGAAAUUUGACGAUAUUUGAUUCCGUCAAUCUGGAAAGUUGUCCAUCUGAAAUUUCCUACAACAAGAGUUCUCUCAUUGGUUAUCCUGGAUUCAAUGUUGAAUUGGAUCAUUCUGCCAGGGAUGAUUAUAUGUAUUUAAAAUGUCCACCGAUGCAAAAGCACCAUAUGUUGGAUAACUUUUAUGCUUCUCUAUCAUGUGGAGCAACUGAGAAGAAUAGCGUCGCACCAAAGAAUAGCAAUUACUCAUCUUGGAGUAGACAAGAAAUAACUGAAACUGUUGUAACACUCUCCGACUCUGAAUCUGGUGAAACUAAUUCGGACAGCUCACUAAAUGGAGAAACUCAAAAUGAGAGUCAAGAAUCUCAUCCUACUGCAGAUAUCUCGAUAGUUCAUGAACAUGAACAGGGAACACCUACAUCGCUACAACCUGUGGUCAUUGGAAACGGUUCUCUUAGUGAAAAUACUGAUCAGUCAUCAUUUUCGAUGGAAAAUCCUUCUAAGCGUCCGUCUUUGGAAGCCUUCAGUAUAGGUAUACAACCUUUCAGGCCUUUUGAAAAUCUUCAGGGUGUGAAUGGUGGCUAUCUACGUGUUCUCAAAGCUCUAAAAAAUUCACGUAAAACUUCAAACGCCUGUAGCAAUGGAUCAUUAAAUUUGUCUGGUGCCGACUCUCAGUCACCAUCUAUUCGGCAGGAUCGUAAUAUUGAUAAUCAUUCCUCUCAUAAAGCGAGGAGAUAA